AGUCCCUAAUAGUUUUCAUAAUGACAAUUUAGUCCUUAUAUCAAAAUUCGUUCGACUCGGGGAAUGGACUCGGUGACUCGGCCAGUGUCGGUGAAAAAAUUCAUAAACCUAAAAUCAGUGGGAAUUGAGAUGAGUAUCAUUUUGUUGGCUUUUUUUUUUUCGAUUUCAGCGAUGGGAGCGACGAAGCAAAAGAUGGUGAUGGAUUUGAUUCUGUUGUCGUUGAUGUUAUUUGCUUUGGGUGCAAGUGCUUGGACUGGUGAAAUUCAUGGAAGAGUUGUUUGUGAUAUUUGUGGGGAUUCUUCUCUUGGACCUGAAGAUCAUGUUCUUGAAGGUGCUGAAGUUGCUGUUCUUUGCAUCACCAAAUCCGGCGAAGUUCUAAACUACCAGGCAUUUACAAAUGCUAAGGGAAUAUACACAGUAGCCGAGACAAUGCCUGAAAGUGAUCGUUGGGAUGCAUGUCUUUCUCGACCAAUCAGUAGUUUCCAUGAUCGCUGCACAAAUCUUGGGAGUGGUAGCGCAGGGGUGAAAUUCAGUUACAAUCAUCCAUCGGGGUACUCACACACUGUCAGAACCUUUGUUUACCGACCGGUCAAUGUUCCUUCUUACUGCUGAUACAUACACUACUGCCUUUUGUUGUGCUGAAUCUGUUAGUGUUUCUGCUUGAAUGAAAACAAAUAGUUGUAUAUGGAUGUGUCAAUGUUAGUAAAAUUAGAACAGAAAGUUAUUUUAUAAAAUUUUAUAUGGCAAUUUCAUACUGAGUUAUAGGAAAAUCUUUGUAAUAGAAAUUCAAUAUCCAACAAGGUAUUAUGUUUGAAAUAACAAUACUUGUCAAAAUUGCAAUUGCAAAUUGAUUUCAAAGA